CGCUUUUUCUUCUUCGAAGAGAGGAGGCCGGCAGCGAGGCGCGCCGCGUCGCAUCGGCGGGAGUCUGUCCUGUCCCCCGGGCGCCGCGGGCUGCGCUGGGCAAGGUGGGGGCAGACGCUUCGCCACUGCGUGAUGUCCCCCGGGGCGCCGCGGGCGGCGCUGGGCAAGGUGGGGGCAGAGGGGCGUGCGGCGGCCUGGCUCUCGCGCGGAGGCCGGGCGGGGGGGGGCCAGGCCGGCCCACGCCGCACAGGCCUCGCGGGGCACCAGACCCAUUCCCAACCCCCAACCCCCAACCCCUUCCGCCCAACCCAACGGAAUAUUCCCGCCGCACGGCCAGCGAGCUGCUUCGCGCGGGCGCCACUUCUGGCGCGCCCGCGCGGACACACCGACCUGACACACGUCCUGAAGAUCAUCGAGAAAGCGAAGCGGAUGGUGCACGAGAGGGCCCAAAGCCCUGGACGCCGUAGGAGGAGAGAGGAGGAGGAGGCGGAGGAGGAGGAGGAGAAAGACAGAGGAUGUGAGCAAGGAUGGCUGGCACCAGAGCCUCACCGGCCCCGCCCGAUGAACCUGCCGGCCGCCUGCAGGCCUCUGCCCGCGAGGCCCAGCGCGCUGGCCGCGGCCACCGCCCCGGCCCCCGCGGCCGGCGCUGGCUUGGGCUGCUGCGACGCCUCCGGCUUCGGCGGUGGCGGCGGCGGCGGCGGCGGCGGCGGCGGCGGCGGCGGCCGCGUACGGCUGGACUGGCGGCUGGGCCGGCACUGCCAGAGGGGGUCGCCGCUGCGGUGGGUUCACGUCGCGAUGGCGUCGGCAAUGGGCCUCUGGCACCGCGCGGGUCGCUUUCC